UUCCGGAUAAUUUGAAAUAAAAACCGGAAUCCACUUCUCAGUUCUCAUUUGUGUUACCCUAUAAAUAGACAAAUAAUUCCCGAACCCUCGCUUGCUCUCACAUACCAUAGCAGCGAGCAGCCGCGAAGUGAGAUUUGGUUUCUCAAAUUUUCAACCAUGGCAGAUGUGGAAGCCGACGUUGCGGCGCCAGGGCAGCCGAAGAAGAGAACGUUCAAGAAGUUCAGCUUUAGAGGUGUCGAUCUGGACGCACUUCUCGACAUGUCCACUGACGAGCUCGUCAAGCUCUUCCACGCCCGCGCUCGCCGAAGGUUUCAACGCGGAUUGAAGAGGAAGCCGAUGGCGUUGAUAAAAAAGCUGCGUAAGGCGAAACGUGAGGCACCACCCGGUGAGAAGCCAGAGCCAGUUAGGACUCACCUCCGCAACAUGAUCAUUGUACCUGAGAUGAUUGGUAGCAUUAUAGGGGUUUACAAUGGCAAGACCUUUAAUCAAGUUGAAAUCAAGCCAGAAAUGAUUGGACAUUAUCUAGCUGAAUUCUCAAUCAGUUACAAGCCUGUCAAGCAUGGAAGGCCCGGCAUUGGUGCUACCCACUCCUCCAGGUUCAUUCCUCUCAAGUGAAGAUUUUGCACGUGCCCUGAAAUUGCUUUCCCUUUGUUUUGCUGUUCAAAUGAUCUAUGACCACGUUUGUUGAUCAACAGGUUCUUGACCUUCUAUUUUGUUUCUUAUGUUUUAUUUAUAUACAUUAGAAGUAGUUAUUACGUUAUAAUUAUUUUGGUGUCAUCUACAUUUUCGUCAGAAUUUAGUUAUUUGUCUUUAAAGAGAAUAUCAGAUUAGAUUGCA